ACGGCUGAUUGCUAGGCUGGUUCUUGUGCUCCAGGGAGACGGACCCAGGGAAGACAGGGUGCCAGCAGCGAGGGAGCAAGCGCGGGCGGCCUCACAGCCUCUCGGCCGAGCCGUAAAACCUUUGGUCAGGCCCGCAAAGCCUUUGACCGGGCCCGUGGGAGCGUCGGCUGAACCGGCCUCCGCCUUGCUCUGACGCGGCGUCGCGGCGGAGUCCCCGUCCUGUUGGUGGGAGAGGGGUUCUCCGUCCCACCCCGACCGGAGUGAGACGGGAUAAGAAGGCUUUCGACCCGGGAAAUGGGCUCUUGUUUACAGUUGCCGUACCCGGAAACGAGCUGCAGUUGAUGGGAGAGUCAGCAAGUGCCUGGCACACAGUGGACAUGCAGAAGAUGCUGUGGACAGGGAGAAGAAACAGUGGCUCCAAAACAGUGCUGAGAAAGCUAACUGUGAACUUGUUACCAUCCUAAAGUCCGGAAAUGGAUAAUAGUCCUCUGAAGUUUUAUACGUUCAAACACAGAAAAGAUGUGGAGUGGGCUGUUACCUCCUGGCCUAAAUGAAAGUGAUGUUGAAUUGAAUUCUGAAGAUGAUACCACAUUAGAGAGCUCUGAACUUAACUUACAAGAGGGUAAAGAAGAUGGGACCUUUGAAAAGACAGAGAUCGUAGAUAUUCCUACAGAUGGAUCAAACACGGAAGCAGAGGCAAAUAUAAAUGCAUAUGAAGAGUGUCCCUCUGGAAUUCCCUUAAAUAUGUGGAAUAAAUUUCAAGAAUUGCAUAAAAAGCAUUCUGAACAGAAAACUUCAGCUUCUAGAUCCGAAAAGAAAAAAAGAAAACGCUCCAGAAAAGGUAAAUUGAAGAAUGAAGAAGAAUCUCAUAGUGAACAGUCUUCAAGUGAAACCCAGUGGAAGGAGCUUACCCAGUAUUUUGGAGUCAAUGAGAGAUUUGACCCCCCUGUUAAAAGGAAAAAAGUUGAAAAGUCGGGACUUGAAAAGAGGAUAGACCAAGCUGUGGAAGAGUGGAACAUUGAGAAGGCCGAGGAACUCAGCAACCAGCUAGCUACUCGCGAGCUUGGUGUAAAAAUUGCCAAAGCUAUUGCCUGCCACAACUUCGUGAAAGCCAAAAAGGAGGCUGAAAAUUCACAGGUUGCACGAAAAAAGAAGAAACUUGCCUGGGGAUUUGAAGCAAAGAAGAGGUGGGAAACCAAAAGCAACAUGGGAUAUAUGUGACUUGCCAGAGUUCUUCAAGACCUUUGAGGCUUCACUCGAGUCUUCAGUUGCUCAAUUUACUAAAAAAGAUUUUGUCAGAAAAUUAAUGGAAAUAGAAAAAAUAAGCAUAAAAUUUGGGAGUUGAUUAUCAAA